CUAAGCUGUCUAAAUAGGCUACAGUACAUCCCAAUAUAUAGGCUAUAUUCGUAUAAAGCAACGCUGAAAUGAAACUAGGUGUUAAAUAUUCACGUAGGCCUAAUAUUUACGUUACUUGCUUGACUGACAAAAUUGUUCCGAACACUUCAGAUCCUGAGGUUUCAGUCGCGGCACUGUAUUUAUCGGCAUCACUUCCUUAUCGCUUCUUCCGCUCACCUGAGAGCGCGAGCCGCUGAAGUUCCCGCCCCUCUCGCUCCCGUCCACGCCUCCCAUUGGCCCCCCGGGGGAGUGACGUCAGGUGCCGCCCCUGCAGUGUGAAUGAAUCAAGCGGUUUGUGUGACACACGGCGAAAGAACGCACGAGCGACUGUUUCACGAGGAUAACCACAGGCGCGAGGACUGUAAAAGGACACUAUCCGGGGAGAACAAAUAUUUUACGCACGUCUGAGAUUCUCCGACCUCCGUGAGCAGUGCAUGUGCGCGUUGUCUCGGACUGGAUGAAAAUGAUGCAGAGUGCGGCUGUGUUGCCCGGCGAGAGCGCGGUGAAGGGUCUGCCGGACAUCCUCGGAGUGUCACUGCAACAAAUCCCUCACUGCGCAGGCUGCAGUCAAAACAUCCUGGAUAAGUUUAUUUUGAAGGUGCUGGAUCGACAUUGGCACUCAAAAUGUCUCAAGUGCGCCGACUGUCAUGCGCUCCUGGCAGACAAGUGUUUCUCUCGCGCGGGGAAUGUCUACUGUAAAGAAGAUUUCUUCAAGCGUUUUGGGACAAAAUGUGCAUCGUGCCAGCAGGGGAUUCCCCCGACGCAGGUGGUCCGGAAAGCUCAGGACUUUGUGUACCACCUUCACUGCUUCGCUUGUGUAAUGUGCAGCAGGCAGCUGGCCACCGGUGAUGAGUUCUACCUCAUGGAGGACGGGAGGCUCGUGUGCAAGGACGACUACGAAACAGCCAAACAAAAUGAUGAUUCAGAGACAGGAGCAAAACGUCCACGAACCACCAUCACAGCCAAACAGCUGGAGACGCUCAAAAGCGCCUACAAGAACUCACCUAAGCCUGCACGACAUGUGCGCGAGCAGCUCUCCUCAGAAACGGGCCUGGACAUGAGAGUAGUGCAGGUGUGGUUUCAAAACAGGCGAGCAAAAGAGAAACGGCUGAAGAAGGACGCUGGUCGGCACCGCUGGGGUCAGUUCUACAAAAGCGUCAAACGCAGUCGAGGGUCCAGUAAGACGGAGAAGGAGAGCUCAGCCGAUGAUGCAGGACUCAGCGAUAGCGAACUUAGUUUCAGAGAAGACCAGAUCCUGUCAGACCUUGGUCAUGCUAACGGCUUGUACGGAAGCGUCGGAGACGUCACGAACGGCAACAUGCUUAACGGGAGCUUCACCCUGGAGGGGGGUGGGCAGCCAUACCAUGACCUGCGAGCAGGAAGUCCCUACGGCCUGCCACAGUCCCCCUCAUCCAUCACUUCCCUCCCAGGCCACACCCCACUGCUCAACAACUUAGGCUUCAACAUGGACGGCAUCAUGGGUCAGGGCGGUCAGCCCAAUGUAGGUCAAGCUCUGAGAGCAAUGGCCGGCGGACCCACCUCUGACCUGUCGACAGGAAGCAGCACGGGCUACCCAGACUUCCCCACCAGCCCUGCCUCGUGGCUCGAUGAAAUGGACCACUCCCAGUUCUGAGGUCAAAGGUCAUAAUGGAAAGUGCGGUACUAUGGACAAGAAAUUUGAAGAUUUUAUAGACAUCUUUCCCAGAACUGUUGACGUUUGUGCGGCGAGGCCCAAAAUGGCACCUACUUUAACACGGUGGCUUGACCUUGCUGAAUGGUGCGCUGAUACGAGCAACACGCCGUGGAAUGUCUGCGCUGUAUCAUAAUUUUGUAACUCAUAUUUUUUCAUUUAUUCUCAAAACUGGAUUGGACGAUUUCCAGCAUGAAAUGGCGUGCAGCUGCGAAUGGCAUUCAAACCCCAGACCACCCUGGAAAAACAAUCACGAUCCACCACGUUUUUGAGAACAAGAGGGUCCAUGCAUGUUUCCGAAUGAGGAAGAGAACCGUCGGCGACGCACUUUACUGUAUGUUCCUCCUCGACUGCACACGGCAGGCUGAAUACGGGAAAGAGAGGAGCGCACCGAACAAGGAGAGAUAUUUAAACAAGUGGCACAAGUGUAUCUUUCUUACUUACAAGGGUUUGGGAUUUUAAUGGUUGAAACUUUCUAAACGGCUCUACUAGAGAUGGCCCUUCACAUUAGGUCUGAAGAAUAGAUAAAAAUUAUUUUUAAUAAGGAUGAAUCCGCAUGCACUGCUCUGAGUUGUCAUAAAAAUCUCUGUGUCAAUGGUCCCUGUCCAUUCAAUGUUUUUCUGUUAACUUCAGACAUUUUGGCUCAAAAUGAAACAAAAUAAAUAGUUUAAAAGAUUAAAAUUAAAGUUAAUAUUUAUUUCCGGUACGGUCCAGCAUAUUUGUUAUUGAUAAGGUUUAUAUUACCAUCAAAAUACCUUUGUUUUUCAAUUGCCAUUUGUCUCCUACUCAUUGCUCCAUGAGCAAAAAUGGAUAUCAGAGCAGAUGACAAGUG